UUCCUGUUAUUGUGCAGAUCAGUACGAAGUUUUUCUGUUUCCCUGAUCUGUAGAACCUGCCCGUGACUGUCCCGCUAUGUAUUCCCUGGAUCUGCUGCUGGAAGCGGCUCUCCUGUGCCUCUCUGGAUCUGGUCUGGGGUCCAGAAGCAUUAAGUGGGUGCGGGUAUCAUCAGAUAUAAAGUUGUGCAGCCUCCGCUGUGAUGAGGACGGGAUUUACACUCUCGAUCGGGAUUCUUCUCUCCCCAUCCUGGAUUUUGCCUGUUCUGACAACUCUACCAACAUCUACAGUGAUUACCAACAGCGACUUUCCCUGAAUGUUUCCGCCGGCUGCUGCACCAUCAUCAACGCUCAGCCAUCCGACACCGGCACCUAUGAACUCAGUUUCUAUGGAAAAAGAAAGAAAAAGAUACUCGUGGGGGCAACAAAAUAUCAGGUUAUUGACCCAGUCUCUGUGUCCACCAUAAUGACCAACCGUAGUGAUUCUGGGGAGACAGUGAGUCUUAGUGUUUCCUACAGUGGGGAAGAGGCCACAGUUCUGUGGACAUGGAACGGAGGAGCCCUGCCUGAGAGACACCAGCUGAGUGACAGUAACAAGACUCUCACUGUACCCAGUACUGACACUGGCACAUUCACUGUCCUUGUCUCCAACCCAGUCAGUCACACCAGCACUCACUAUAACCUCACACUCCCAGAGGAAGCAUUACUGCGCCUGAGAACUGGAAUGAUCGUCUCUCUGGUUUUUAUUAGCUUAUUCAUUGGAGGGGUUUGUUGGACACAGCAAAAGCUCUCCUGUGCCUCUCUGGAUCUGGUCUGGUAUCCAGAAGCAUUGAGUGGGUGAGGGUAUCAUCAGAUAUAAAGUUGUGCAGCCUCCGCUGUGAUGAGGACGGGAUUUACACCCUUGAUCGGGAUUCUUCUCUCCCCAUCCUGGAUUUUGCCUGUUCUGACAACUCUACCAACAUCUACAGUGAUUACCAACAGCGACUUUCCCUGAAUGUUUCCGCCGGCUGCUGCACCAUCACCAACGCUCAGUCAUCCGACACCGGCACCUAUGAACUCAGUUUCUAUGGAAAAACAAAGAAAAAGAUACUUGUGGGCGCAACAAAAUAUCAGGUUAUUGAGCCAGUCUCUGUGACCAACAUAACGACCAACCGCAGUGGAGAGAAUGUGAGUCUGAGUGUUUCCUACAGUGGGGAAGAGACCACAGUUCUGUGGACAUGGAACGGAGGAGCCCUGCCUGAGAGACACCAGCUGAGUGACAGUAACAAGACUCUCACUGUACCCAGUACUGACACUGGCACAUUCACUGUCCUUGUCUCCAACCCAGUCAGUCACACCAGCACUCACUAUAACCUCACACUCCCAGGUAAGUGACAGUAACAAGACUCUCACUGUACCCAGUACUGACACUGGCACAUUCACUGUCCUUGUCUCCAACCCAGUCAGUCACACCAGCACUCACUAUAACCUCACACUCCCAGGUAAGUGACAGUAACAAGACUCUCACUGUACCCAGUACUGACACUGGCACAUUCACUGUCCUUGUCUCCAACCCAGUCAGUCACACCAGCACUCACUAUAACCUCACACUCCCAGAUGCAGAAUUUCGGUCUCGGAAUAUUGGAAUUGUUGCCUCUCUCGUUUUCAUUGGUUCACUCAUUGGGGGCUUUUAUAUGAAAGAGGCAAAUAAAAGGUCACAUUUAAAGGCUCGUCCCCCCUGAAAACAUUGAAGGGGUCAUUUACGAACGAAAGUGCAAUUUCGGGUGUAAAUUGUUUUGUACCGAGAAAUCCAUAAAUGUACCAUGGUUGGACCAUGGUGGAUGCAAACGGGGUGCAAGUUGUAUUUGGCAUAUUCAGAGUGAGGGUCCAGGUCCAAAUAAUUGGGAGAAUAUCUGGUGUGAUUAUUGAUGCAGCCCACUUUGGGAACCCCAGAGCUGCCAUUACAUAGACCUCAGUAGGUGAAGUUGGGCACCACUUAUCCGAAGGGGCAAGGUGGGUGCACUGGCAAUCAUGUAGGGGUGCAGGAGCAAUAAAUUGUGCAAUAUGUGCCUUCCGAUUGGUCCAUAUUAGAGCACCCGCACUUGCACAUGUGUUUGUAAAUGACCCCUAACUUGUAUAUGAAUAUAAUAUGUAUAUAACUUGUAUAUGAAUAUGUUGGCGCUUUAUAAAUACAUGUUACUAAUAACAGAUGGAGUGAAGUGAUAUUUUGCCUGGGGCUCGCUAUAGAAUAAAAAACAGACUAUAAUUAUGAGAAAUGCUUUGUAAAUUUCAGAUCGUGUGGUUUCUCCCUAACAACAAUGUAACAUCUGAUCUCAGGUGCAGUCUGUUCCAUGAAAAUAAAUACCCUGUAAAAUAAUUAAACAUGCCUUUUAUUUUUGAACAUAGCGAAUACAAAUCUGAAAGCUUACAUUUUUACAAUUUCAAACAAAAAGAGAAUUUAAAUGAUUCUUUGUUGGAUCUGGAUGCUAGUCAGAGGGAUCCAAAUAUACAAUAUCCUUUAUCAAUACCCGAAACAUGUUGUGUUUGCCACCACUCACAAUAAAAGUUUGUUUGCAGUAA